GGACUGCUGAAUAAGCUUUUGGUGGGCUUUGUAAGUCCACUUCCAGCCUUCAUCUGGGUUACAAACGGAGAGUGAGAAAGGCAUGAUGAUUCAACAGAAAGGCAGCUGGGCAAGAGGCCAGGGAGGGGAGCGCACGCGUUCCUCGCAGGGUCGGUGCAGAAACUCCUGUAAGCGCAAGAGAUCCUGGCCAACUCAUCACGCACCUAACUAACCGCCCACCGGGAGCUUGGGAGAAACCAGAUGUGAGAAAGUGAUGCUUGCUUGAGAAGAAAUUGUAUGCACCUUCUCCCAGGAUGGCUCUAUACUAUCCAACUAUGAUGCAGACCUUUCCUUAUAACUAUCUGCCUCUUGGGCCAAGUCGACCAUCAGAUACUGCACACGCCCCCAUGGUCCCUCCAGUCCAGAUGCACAACUUCUACAACAGGCCUCUUGCUGUGAUUAUGGACAAUCACAAUGGUUACAACGUAAAUCCAGCAAACCAAGUGGAGUACCAUCACAUCCAUGGUGCAAAUCCUUACCUCUCUCCUUACCCUUUCUGGUACUUCCCCCAAGUGAGCCCUCUUCCUCUGUACAACCCCUAUGCUAACUAUCCUCCUUAUGCAGCCUACCAUAGACCAGGCUGGGAGGUGUGGCCCGAGGGAUUCACCUUGAGAGGAGAGCUCCAUUGGGGUAAGCUGGAGAGGAUUGUGGGACCUAGGAGGGACUUGCCGGAAUUCGUGAAAGACGAUCUCAGAAGGGUCUAUGGCACCUAUCCAAGGACGGAUGUUACCAUAACAUACCACAGUGGGGAAUUUAUUGUGAAAGGGGACCCUAGAGUUGGAGAACAGGAAUACAGGGUAGAGAAGAGAAUAAUCCGAAACGAACCCACCCCAACCGCUAGUGAAGCUGAGGACAGCAGUGAAGACCGCAAUAGGAAGAAGAAAAAGAAAUCAAAGAGAUAAAGCAAGUGGUUCAAAUAAUACAGACUGAACACAUAUCCCUCUGUUUAGACCUAAGACCUGGCGGCAAAACUGAAAGAGAUUUUCCUGUGACAUUUUUAUAGGUUCUAAUAACUUUCUUAGUAGCUGUUGUAUACUCACUAAUAUGCACACUUACUUUUCUCUUGUGCUAAUAGGAAGAUGUUGCUCAUUUUGUCAACCCCUGCUCUUUUUUGAGCGACUCCAAAUGAAUGCCAGUAGUGCAGCAGCCUUUCAAUUGGAUCAACAAAAAACCUACUUAUUUCUGGCACAUUAUCUUCCUAGUAGUACAUUACCAUUUUGCACCAUAAAUUCUUCCUGCCCCCCUCAUUGUUGGAGGGAUCUCUUUUCUUUCUUUCCUUCCCCCACCCCUGGCCAAGCAUUGGCUACUUUAAGUAAAUGUCCAUAGAGUUCACUAUGGAAUUAUUCAGAAACUGAACCCGCGGUCACAGUACAAGGUGAUGGUAUACUGAGAAUCUGGUCACACUGUGACAAUGGACACACAACAUACAUAAAUAGGAUCAGAGUACCUUUAUUUUUAACAUCAGCACAGACAAACCUAUUGUGAAUUCCACCUUCUGUAAUAUGUUUUAUGCCAUUUGUGAUUCUUUCCUAGUGAGAUGAACAAUUGUAAAGAGUUCUGCUUGGCCAUCAGGUUGCACUUUGUAUAUAUGCAAGACAUAGAGCAUUUUAAAUAAAGGAAAACAAGCAUG